UGAUGUUGGUCUUUGUUUACAUUUGGUUUUCUCGCUGUUUAGUUAAUUUAUUUUCCAAUUAUGUCAAUUAAUUAUCUGUUCUUUAUUGUUUCAUCUAAAUUCUAAUCAACCUGAGCUUUAAAAUCGUUACUUAUAUUUAAUUGUUUACCCUUUUUGAUUGAAAUUCGCUCUUACAUUCUCAUCCGGUUUUCUCUCUUUCUCUCCCUCUCUUCAUCUUUCUCUUCAUCUUUCUUUCUCUCUGUCUUUUUCCUCUGUGUUGUCUUUUCCAUUUGACUUUGUGCUGUUCAAUUAACACAGUUUGAGAAUAAUUUAUUUUAUUAAUUAUUAACCAUUUUUAUCCAGAUGAAGAUCAGUCAACAUUGACAUUUGAAUUCUUGUUGAAAUCUCAUCAGAAAAUAGUAAAUUUAUCGUUUCUCUUUGUUUUCUUAUUCUAAUACAUUGUAAUAUUUUUCCACCAAUGACGUCAACAAGCAAACAAACCACCAAAAAGAUGAAGCUAAUCGACUCAAUCGAACCUAAUCAUAUGAUCACAAUUGAAUGGCAAAUGAUGGAUCCUGCUAAGUAUUUGCCCCUCAGCUUAGUCAAUGCUGUCGCCAUCAGAACUAUUCUUUAUCCAUUGACUGUGAUAAAAACUCGGAUGCAGGUACAAACCACCAAUUCUGUUUACAGAGGGACUUAUGAUGCUUGUCAGAAAAUUGUCCAACGAGAAGGUUUUACCGGCCUGUACAAAGGUUUCUUAGUUAAUACCAUGCAAGUAGGAUCUGGUCUGGCUUAUAUUCUUACUUAUGAAAAUGUGAAAUACUUGCUCUCCAGUUAUGGUAAAAUUCAAGACACUUCAAUUCGAAGUUUAAUUGCCGGAGGGAUUGGUUCGAUUAUCGGUCAAACAAUUAUCACACCUUUUGACAUUGUAUCUCAACAUAUGAUGGUCAUUUCGGGAAAGAAAAAGGGUAAACAUACUGAUAAAUUUUCCGCCUUCACUAACCCACUGCAUCUUAAUAAGGUGGAAGUUGAAAAAUAUGGCCUACCCUAUGCAAUAGUACGGGAACUUAGACGAAAAGAUGGAUUCAAAGGUUAUUAUCGAGGUUAUUUCGCUUCUCUGGCUUUUUAUGUUCCAAACAGCGCACUUUGGUGGUACUAUUAUGAAAAGUUUUCAGCAAUCAUUCAUAAUUCACUUCCAGUCGAAACAUGGCAACUAUUAAUUCGUAGUUGUGCAGCAAUUCUCAGCGGUGCCACAGUCGCAGUUCUCACUAAUCCUCUGGAUUUAAUUCGUGCCAAUUUUCAGAUUCACCGACUUGAUUCUUACUCGGAAACUGUUCGUAAAUUGUGGAAAGAUGAAAAUUUAGGAUUAUUCUACAAAGGAUUAUCACCGAGGAUCACCCAAAGUUGUUUAUCCUCCGUUUUCAUCUCCAUUGGUUACGAAACCAUGAAAAGGCUCAGUUUGAGGGAAGAAUAUGAAGAUAAGAUAAAAUGGUAACCAAACUGAAUAACUAGUCGCCAAUUUUACCUUCAACAAUUAAGAAUUAAUAAUGUUAAUCUUAUGAGAAACAAAAGACAAUUAAUUAUGCUUCUUAUUUAUCGUGGACCAUUGUGAUAACAUGAGACAACUUGUAUCAAUCUAACAACAAACACUAAUCGCUUGUUAAUUAUCAUUUUAUCUCAUCUCUCAUUUAUUUUCUUCUCUUUUUUCGUUGAUUUGUUUAUCUUCCAUCUUCCUCCUACUCAUCCUAAUCAUGAUCAUCAUCACCAUCAUCAUCAUCUCACUGAGUUGAUUGACAAAAUUUUCACCAACAAUUAUAAUUUCAAGUAAACAAAGAAUAAGGAAAUUGAAGGAAACAAUUUAUUCAACUUUUAGAUUUUUCUGUUUCCCUUUUUCUCAAUAGAUUCCAAUAUCCAUUUCUUUGUAAAUUUUUUCUUUCAGUUGAUUAAGAUAAUCACAAUUAACUGAUUGUUUGAAACACGAUUCAUUUGAUUGUCAUUAUCCAUAAAUAUAAAUAUAUAUUUUAAUCCUGUUCCUCCCGCCAUCAAAUCACAAAAUGUAUAAUUUUGGCUCCAAUUGAAUUAGUGUUUAAUUGUUGGUUAGAUUGAGAUGAUACAUCAUCACAAUGUUAAUAUUUAAAUUAACACUAAAUCGAUUAAUUAAUCAAUGUUAUAUUACUAUGAUUAUAUUGUACAAACAAAAGAUGAACAUCAGAAAUCAAGAUGAUUAUUAAUUUUGUUUUUGUUUAGGAUCAAAAAUAAUUAAUAUAACGAAAACUCAAUCAAA